AUGUGGCACGGAGUCUAUUAUGCCAUCGCUUUCUGUGUCUGCACUCUGAUGGCCAGACUAUUUGAAUGUCACUCCAACUUGUUCUCAAUGUUGGCCUCAUAUAGGGUUCGGUCGUCUCUGACAACAGCUAUCUAUAAGAAAAUGCUAAGACUUAGUGCCGGUUCUCGUCGUAAUUACACAACAGGCGAAAUAAAUAACAUAAUGAGUGUCGAUGUUGGAGAGUUAUGUGACUUUCACCGGGUGGCAACUUGCUCAUAUACAAUACCCAUAUGUUUUAUAAUCGGUGAAUACAUUCUGUGGUCACAAUUGGGUCCCUCAUCACUGAUGGUGUUUGUAGUGAUGGCAGUAGUCUUGCCAUUGACUUCAUUCAUAUAUAAACGCAUUGAGAAGAUUCAGACCAAACAAAUGGAGUUAAAGGAUAUGCGAAUGAAACAAAUCAGUGAAAUGUUGAAUAAUAUCAAACUUCUCAAACUGUUUGGAUGGGAGAAGCCGUUUAUGGAUAGGAUAUCGAUAACCAGACAUCAAGAGUUACUUCCAUAUACUUUGACUCAUUUCACUCGAGCUAUUGUCUCGUUUCGACGAAUUCGUAAAUAUUUAAGUUGUGAAGAGUUGGAGGAGAGUGUGGAAAGGGAUGAGAGAAGAGAGGAUUCAAGUGAUGAGAGAUAUGCCGUGUGUUUGAAAAAGAGUUGCUUUUCGUGGGGUUUAGAAGAAGAGCCAAUUCUAAAGGAUAUUACACUGAAUGUGAAGAAGGGAUCGUUGGUUGCGAUCGUGGGAAGAGUGGGAUCGGGAAAGUCGUCCCUAUUUUCAGCCCUAAUGGGAGAU